UACAAAUAGCACACUAACUACCGGGAAUUACACGGCUGAAUUGAACGCUUUAUUCGGUUGGAUUUGUUUUAGUGCAAGAGUAAGAAAAAUAAAAAGAGAUCUAGAUUGAGAACAAAUCUCUGGUUGUACUUUAGUUUGGCUUAAUCUGAAGUUUCGACGUGUAUAUCAUGGCUUUCGAUCCAUAUAAUAAAGGAGGUUUUGGCGGAACCUUUUCUCCAGGAAUGGGAGGAGGUGGAUUCAAUAACUUUGAUCAAUCCAGUCAACCCAGUGUUGAUAGACAACAAGGUAUAGGAAAUAAAUUGCGCCCCGUUACUAUCAAGCAAAUAUUGGAUGCUACUCAAGUCCAUGCUGAUGCAGAGUUCAAGAUAGACGGAGUCGAGGUAGGCCAAGUAACCUUUGUAGGCGUCUUGAGAAACAUUCACCAGCAAACGACAAACACAACUUACCAAAUUGAGGAUGGCACAGGCAUGAUUGAAGUUCGACAUUGGGAGCACAUCGAUGCUCUAUCAGAACUGGCUACCGACACCUAUGUUCGUGUAUACGGAAACAUUAAAGUAUUUUCUGGGAAAAUAUACAUUGCAUCCCAAUACAUUCGGAAUAUUAAGGAUCAUAACGAAAUUCAUUAUCACUUUUUAGAAGUCAUCAGCGUUCACAUACAUUUUACUCAAAAACCCCAGUUGGCUGGCACUUCUGCUUUUGGAAGUUCCGCUCCUAAUGCUCCUUCUGCUCCCGUUGCUAACUCUCUCGAGCAGAAGCUCGCAGAAUACUCAUUAACCCCUACACAAAUGAUUGUCAUGCAAGCUAUCCAUAAUGCUCCUGAUACCAACGAAGGUGUGCAUGCUCGACAACUUGCCCAGAGCGUUGGUCCAGGCAUUGAUUUAACCGCAGUCACCGAUUUUCUACAACAAGAAGGCAUUAUUUACACGACAAUCGAUGAAAACCACUUCAAGAGCGUCCUGCAAGAUCAGUGAGCAUUCCCUUUUAUUUACUUAUAAUCUAUCAUAGAUUCGUUCCUUUUGGUUUUGUGUUACCUCGUCAUGUUCUAUCUAAUUAAUUCUUGCAACCUUGUACAUACCUCUACUAGGGAUCCCAGAUGGAUUUUCUAUUUCUAAAACUUAAGUAAUAAAAAAU